AUGAAGAAAUCAUUUUAUUAUCUAUGGAUUUUUCUUAUUACAAUACAAGAGUUUCUUCAAUAUGGUCAAACUCAAUCUAUAAAUGAUGAUUCAUUAGAUCCAUUAAGUAUGGAUCAAGCUUAUCUAACAAUUAGCAAUAAAAAUUAUUCAAAUUCUAUAACAUUUAUGUAUAAUUUAAUAGUAUGUGAAAAAUGUAAUUUUGAAAUGUUAGGUGAUAUUGUUCCAUGUAAUUCAAGUCAAACAGUUAUCAUAAAUACAACAUAUGCUUAUGAUUUUCAACUUUUUAUAGAAUCUACUAAUAAAACAUUGCAAUGUUCAAUAAAAUCAUAUCUAUUUCUUGAACAUGGAUCAUAUUUAUUUGAAAUGAUUGAAAUUGCACAAAAUCAAGAUUUUUGUUCAAUACAACAAACAAAAGAAUCAAGUUAUUAUUGGUUACCUAUUAUUAUUGGAAUGGGAAUAUUUUUAAUAUUUAUUUUAUUUAUUCAAUUAUGGCAUCGUAUUUCACAUAGUCGACGUUUUACACGUUUUCUUCCUAAUUCUAUGCAACAAGAAAUAAUAAAUAAUGAUUUUCUUACUUCAUUACCAAAAAAUCCAACAACAAUUGCUAAUGAUCCUAAUGAUGAUAUUAUUCGUACACUUACGACUAGUAGUGAAUUACCAUUAGUUGGAUCAACAAGAAUAUCGAAUAAUUCAAUAUUAAUAACAAAAAUUUUACCAAAACGACUUCGUUCAUUGGAUACUUUUCGAGGAUUUUCAUUGAUGGUAAUGAUUUUUGUUAAUUAUGGAGGUGGUGGUUAUUGGUUUUUUAAUCAUUCAAUUUGGAAUGGUUUAACUCUUGCCGAUUUGGUUUUUCCAUGGUUUACUUGGAUAAUGGGUUUAAUAUUACAAGGUGGUUAUUCACGAUGGGUAUAUAUUCGAAUAUUUGGUAUUCUUCAACGUUUAGCAUUAUGUUAUUUUUUUGCUGCUAUACUUGUUUUAAUUUUUGAUGAUAAAGAAGAUGAACCAUAUUCAUUACAAUGGCCAAUAAGUGCUGAUAUUCAACAACCAGUACGGAUAGAAUUAUCAAAUACAUUAUUUCAUUUUUGGCCACAAUGGCUUAUUAUAUUAUUAGUAACUCUUGCUUGGAUAUUGAUUACUUUUAUUCCAAAAUUUGAUAAUUGUCCAAGAGGUUAUUUAGGUCCUGGUGGAAAACAUGAAUAUGGAAAAUAUCAAAAUUGUACUGGAGGAGUUGCUGGAUAUAUUGAUCGAUUCAUUCUUCGAAAUUCUCAUAUGCUUAAUCAUCCAACAUGUAAAAAAAUCUACGAUACUCAAAUACCAUAUGAACCGGAAGGUCUUUUAGGUACAUUAACUGGAAUUUUACUUUGUUAUCUUGGUGUUCAAGCUGGUCAUAGUUUUGCUCAUUCAACACGUAUUCGUCGUGUUUGUGCUCAUUGGCUUAUAUCUGGUCUUAUUUGUGGAUCUAUUGGUUUACUUUUAUCUAAAGGUGGUCAUUCAGAUAGUUGGAUACCAAUUAAUAAAAAUCUUUGGUCACUUAGUUUUAUAUUUGUUUUAUCUGGUUUAGCUUUUGUUAUUUUAACAAUACUUUAUUUAUUUAUUGAUGUUUGUAAAUGGUUUACUGGUGAACCAUUUUUAUGGUUAGGUAUGAAUUCAAUUAUUAUUUUUAUUGGUCAUGAAAUUUGUUCAAAAACUUUUCCUAUACAAUUUCAAGUUGAAGAAACAACACAUGCACAAUUACUUGCUAUGCAUCUUUAUGGAGUUUUCUUUUGGACUAUAAUUGCUGGUCUUAUGUAUCGUAAAAAAAUUUUUAUUGCAAUUUAA